AUGAAAAUCUCCUUAAAAUUAAGAAAAAUGGUCAGCCCUUUGGUGUAUAAUGUCACUGCAGAGUGUAAAACAUCCAAGGCACGUGUUGGAGAGCUGCAUUUACCGCAUAGUACAGUAGAUACGCCUGUUUUUAUGCCAGUUGGCACACAGGGUACACUCAAGGGACUUCUUCCUGAGCAAAUUGACAACCUGGGGAUUAAAAUUCUACUUGCAAACACAUACCACUUAGGCACUAGACCAGGUCCUGAACUAUUAGAGAAAGCCGGUGGUCUGCACAACUUCAUGAAUUGGCAUGGUUCCCUCCUAACUGACUCCGGAGGCUUCCAAAUGGUUUCUCUACUGAAACUGGCUGAAGUUACAGAAGAUGGUGUCAAGUUUCAGUCAUUAAACGCCGAGAAAAACGAAGUUAUGUUAACCCCGGAGCAUUCAACGCACAUACAAAACGCUAUCGGUGCUGAUAUUGUAAUGCAACUCGACGAUGUAAUCAAAACAACAAGUCCUGAUAAAGACAGAAUAGAAGUGUCUGUACAUCGCACAACACGCUGGCUAGACCGGUGUUUAAAUGCUCAUAAAAAUCCUGACACACAGAGUAUCUUUCCAAUUGUCCAAGGGACUUUAUAUCCUGACUUGCGGACAAUCAGCGCAAAUGAUUUAAUUCAACGCGAUGUACGAGGUUUUGCUAUUGGAGGAUUAAGCGGCGGGGAAUCAAAAGACGAUUUCUGGAAAAUGGUGCAUUUAUCAACUAAUAUUCUACCGAAAAACAAACCUAGAUAUUUAAUGGGAGUUGGUUUUGCUAUGGAUUUAGUCGUGUGUUCAGCUUUGGGUGUUGAUAUGUUUGAUUGUGUGUUUCCAACAAGAACUGCUCGUUUUGGAUGCGCGUUAACAAUGAAAGGACAACUAAACCUACGUCAGAAGACAUACAAAAAAGACUUUAGGAAAAUCGACGAUGAUUGCACGUGCACAACGUGCCAAACCUACACGCGAGCUUAUCUGCACGGAAUCGUGACGGUGCAAACGGUUGCAUGUCAUUUGCUCACCGUGCACAAUUUGGCUUUCCAAGCGCGACUCAUGCGAGAAAUGCGCGAAAGCAUCUCCGCACAACAAUUCCCACAAUACGUGCAGAAUUUCUUCAUUAAUUUAUACCCUGAGAAAGAUUAUCCCAAGUGGAUCGUCGAUGCGUUAUCCGCUGUUAAUAUAAGUUUAUUAUAACUUAAUAAAUUGCCCACAAAACAAACAAUAAAAUGGAGAAGCAUUUAUGAGAAUUAA